GUUUAUAGAUAAUAACUAUCUCACGAGAUUGAAAUUGAUCUGGGACUUGCACUUGUUCCUGUUUUGUGGGUUUUUGCUGCUUUAAACUUCCCUUCGGGAACAUCAUUGCCACUUCCAUGGCUGCCUCACACAUCCUUUAUAAUCCUCCUCCCCUUUCCAAAACUUUUAUUAAUCACCCUUUGAACCAAAACCCUUCUCCUCAAAACCUAAUUCUACCACUCAAAGCUACUAUUAAACCGCGGGUUCUUAGAGCAGUUCACUCCCAGAAGAUCACUGCUAACUCCUCGCUUCAUAACUCCGAUACUAGGACUCGUUUUCAGCACUGUUUCACAAAGAGUGAAGAUGGGCUUUUGUAUUGUGAGGGCCUUAAAGUGCAUGAAAUUAUGGAUUCUGUUGAAAGAAGACCUUUCUACUUGUACAGUAAACCUCAAAUUACUAGAAAUGUGGAAGCUUAUAAGGACGCCUUGGAGGGUUUGAGGUCUAUAAUUGGUUAUGCCAUCAAGGCCAACAAUAAUUUGAAGAUUCUGGAGCAUUUGAGGCAGUUGGGUUGUGGUGCUGUGCUUGUGAGUGGGAAUGAGCUUAGAUUGGCUCUUCGGGCUGGGUUUGAUCCGACAAGGUGUAUCUUUAAUGGCAAUGGGAAAGUCUUGGAUGAUUUGGUCUUGGCUGCCAAAGAAGGUGUUUUUGUCAACAUUGAUAGUGAAUUUGACUUGGAAAACAUCAUAGCAGCUGCAAAAAUUGCUCAAAAGAGGGUGAAUGUUUUACUACGGAUUAAUCCUGAUGUGGAUCCGCAGGUCCACCCUUAUGUUGCAACAGGGAAUAAGAACUCCAAAUUUGGCAUAAGAAAUGAGAAGCUGCAAUGGUUUCUAGAUGCUGUGAAGGAGCAUCCUAAUGAGUUAAAGCUUGUAGGGGCCCACUGCCAUCUUGGGUCAACAAUCACCAAGGUUGACAUUUUCAGGGAUGCUGCCAUUAUUAUGGUUAACUACAUUGACCAAAUCCGAGCUCAGGGUUUUGAAGUUGAUUAUUUAAAUAUUGGUGGUGGACUUGGGAUAGAUUAUCAACAUUCUGGUGCUGUCCUUCCUACACCCAGAGAUCUCAUUGACACUGUAAGGGAGCUUGUUCUUUCCCGUGGUCUUAAUCUCAUUAUUGAACCAGGGAGAUCACUCGUUGCAAACACUUGUUGCUUAGUUAACCGGGUGACAGGUGUCAAGACCAAUGGAUCUAAAAACUUUAUUGUGAUUGAUGGAAGCAUGGCCGAACUUAUCCGUCCUAGUCUUUAUGAUGCUUACCAGCAUAUCGAGCUGGUUUCCCCUGCCCCAGCGAAUGCUGAGAUAGCAAAUUUUGAUGUGGUCGGCCCUGUCUGUGAGUCUGCGGAUUUCUUAGGAAAAGAUAGACAACUUCCAACUCCAGCCAAGGGUACCGGUCUGGUUGUUCAUGAUGCUGGUGCUUAUUGUAUGAGUAUGGCAUCAACUUACAAUCUAAAGAUGCGGCCUCCUGAGUAUUGGGUUGAAGAAGAUGGAUCAGUAAGCAAAAUCAGACAUGGGGAGACAUUUGAAGACCACAUCCGGUUUUUUGAGGGCCUUUGAAGAGAGACCUAAUUUUUUGGCAGAUUUGUGUGUAGCUCAGGUUUGGAUUUCUUGCUAGAGAAUGUAAUGACAUUUUUUUUUCUUGAUUCCUCAUUCUGGUUUAUCUUAGCAUUCUAAUGGAGACAGCUGAUUAGAAAAAUUGACCAUCUAAAGUCAACUAAAUAAAAUUGAGAUGGAGGUCAAAAUUCAUAUUUGGUGAAUUUAAGUUGAUUUGACACUUCAUCCUAUAUUCUCCUCAGUUUUUAGUUUCCUCAGUAAACUAGCUUGUAGCUUGAAAA